AUGAUCUCGCGCUUCGGCAAAUCGUUUCUAUUCAUCGUAGUUUUUCUCUUCCUGCUUGGUUCUAUUGCACUACUACACCCUCCGUCACGUUCGUACAUCGAUCCGUGGACUGGAGACCUCUUCGGAGAAGGCGGAGUCGAGAAAGGGCUCCAUGUUCAACCAGCUCUCAGCGAAAGCACUGUACAUGGGGAUGUAAUUAUGUCGAAACUAGGGAAUGCAACGGCCAAAGCUGAGCUGGGGAGGGCGACAUGGAAGCUUUUGCACACGAUGACUUUGCGGUUCCCCGAGACGCCAACGCAGGACGAGAGGGAUGCGCUCAACAAUUAUUUCCACCUUAUGUCCCGUCUAUACCCUUGCGGAGAGUGUGCGGCUGAAUUCCAGCUACUACUUAAGAAAUUUCCACCACAGACUUCCUCUCGCAGAGCAGCGGCAACUUGGCUGUGUGUCGUGCACAACCAAGUGAACGAACGCCUGCAUAAGCCGGAAUUCGACUGUGCCCACCUCGACGAGACGUACGAUUGUGGGUGUGGAGACGAGCCUCCUGCCGAGCUGUCUGACCUUGCUGAUCCGAGAGAUAUAAUGGAUUUGGAACGCGACUAUAGUACUGACGAGCUCACGGGCGUGGGGAUGAUCAAGGGAGGCAGGUAG